AUGGACGACAAAUACGACAUUGACAAGGCGGAUUAUGCCCACGAUGAAGUCCUGCCUGAGAAGGAGGCCUCAGUUGCCCAAGAGCAUGUCCCGAAUCCAAACGACCCGGCCGCGCCUUCGAGGGAAGUGUCGUCGAAGAAGCAGAGUCUGUCCGACAUCUUCACCAUCUUUUGCGCGGGCUUUGCCCUCAUCAGCGACGGCUAUCAGAACUCGCUCAUGACUAUGACCAACGUCGUGCUCAGGACCGAGUACAAGGCACAAUAUACUAGCUACUGGAGCACCCAAGUCUCCAAUGCCUUGUUGGUCGGCGAGAUCUUGGGUCAAAUCACAAUCGGCCUCACAUGCGACUACCUCGGCCGCAAGGCUGCCAUUAUCAUCACCACCCUCAUGAUCGUCGUUGGGGGCAUUCUCGGCACCGCCAGCAACGGCUACACCAUCAUCGGCAUGUUCUGGAUGCUCACGGUCGCUCGUGGCAUCACAGGUUUCGGCACCGGUGGUGAAUAUCCUGCUUCGAGUACUUCGGCGAGCGAGGCUGCAAAUGAGUAUAGGCUGAAGCAGCGAGGCCCCAUUUUCAUUCUCGUCACCAAUCUGCCGCUUGCUUUUGGCAAUCCUCUCUCGGUCUCCAUCUUCCUGAUCGUCUUGUCCGCUGCGGGCGCGAACCACUUGUCGACGAUAUGGAGGACAUGCUUCGGAAUCGGUGUCAUCUUCCCACUCACCGUCUUCUACUUCCGCAUCAAAAUGCUCAACAGCAAGCUCUACCGCCGCGGCGCCAUCAAGCGCCGCGUCCCCUACCUCCUCGUCCUGCGCUACUACUGGAAAACGCUCAUCGGCACCUGCGGCGCCUGGUUCCUCUACGACUUCGUCACCUUCCCCAACGGCAUCUUCAGCGGCACCAUCCUCGACACCGUCAUCCCCCACGCAACCAUCAAGUCGACCGCCGAGUGGCAGUUGCUGCUCUCCAGCCUUGCGCUACCGGGCGUCUUCAUUGGCGCUUGGCUUUGCAAUCGCAUUGGCCGCAAGUAUACUAUGAUGCUGGGAUUCUCGGGAUAUCUUGUUUUCGGGCUUAUUGUUGGUUGCGCGUACGAUCAGCUUGUCAAGAUUACGCCGCUGUUCGUCAUUUUUUACGGUCUUAUGACUAGUUCUGGAAAUCUGGGGCCAGGCGACAUGUUGGGUCUACUCUCAUCCGAAUCCUACGCUACAGCUGUGCGUGGCACCUGCUACGGCAUCUCCGCCGCGUUAGGCAAGACAGGCGGCGCGGUAGGAACACAAGCAUUCGCUCCCAUCGCGAAUCGCUUCGGACAGCGCUGGACCUUCAUCGUCGCCGCGAUUUGCGGCGUGUUGGGCAUUCUCGUGACAUACUUCUUCAUCCCCAACAUCACUGGUGCCGACCUUGCGGAGGGCGAUGAGAAGUUCCGGCAGUAUCUCGUUGCGAACGGAUGGGAGGGGAUGAUGGGCGAGGAGGAUUUGAAGGGCCUGGUGGAUCAGGGGAUUCAGGAGACGAUUGAGCAGGCGGAGAAGCGGGAUGUUGUGGUGGGAGUGAAUGCUGAGAAGAAGGACUGA